AUGUCUUGGGAUCGACUGCCAAUUCUCAUUUCAGGAGCUGGAAUUGCUGGCUUGCUCACAGCGCAAGCUCUCAAACAGCUGGGGAUUCCUUAUAUCAUCUUUGAUAGGGAUGAAUCGGUUUCGUCUCGUGGCCAAGGAUGGGGUAUUACUCUGCAUUGGGCUUUGAAUGACUUCCUUUCACUUUUGCCGCAAGAGAUACAAAAGAAGGUCUACGAAUGCCAGGUGCUUGAAAACUUUCAUUUGAAUGACAGCGGAAACUUUGUGUAUAUCAACGCAGAAAGUGCAAAAUCGCUGGUUCACAUUCCUCCAUCCAAAAGACUGCGAGUCAGAAGAGAACAGAUCAGAAAGACCCUGCUAGAGGGAAUUGACGUUAAUUGGAGUUGCAAAACGGUAGAGGUCAGGACUACAGACACCGAAGUGACAGUUAUAUGUGAGAAUGGCAGAACGUUCACCGGUAAACUCCUGAUUGGAGCAGAAGGAAGCAACUCUAUCACUAGACGGUUCACCAAUCCAGAUAAUUACCAGCUAUAUGACCUUCCAGUCAGAUUCUUGGGAUCUACUGUUGAGCUUACCCAACAAGAGUACGAUCAGGUGUCAAAGCACUUUGACAGUUUGCUAUUUCAAGGAACAAUACCAUCCAACAACACAUUCUUCUGGUUUUCUCUGCUUUCUUCGCCAGCCUACAACAGAUCCAAUUUCUACCAGUGUCAGGUGAACUUUUCUUGGAAUUGUGCUGACAAGGCUGCCGAGAAGUUUGACACUGUCGAAGAUAAGAUCGCCGUUAUCAAAAAAGUGUCUUCGGGCUUGAACGAGAAUCUUAUGUUUCUACGUGAAAAAAUGGUGGCAGCCUCCGAUCGAUUCAUGGAGAUACGGCUUUCUGACUGGCCAUAUGCCGACUUUGACGACAAGCAGGGCAAAAUCAUUUUGGUUGGAGAUGCGUGCCAUGCCAUGGUCAUGUACAGGGGAGAGGCUGGAAAUCAUGCCAUUGCAGACGUGAAGCUUUUCAUCGAUCUGCUGGAAAAAUGUCAGAAACAGGAGAUCUCGUGGCAAGAGAUGAUCCGUGCGUACAAGGAUGACGUCAAAGCGCGCCUGUUUGGAUGCACACAAUUGGGAAAAGCUUAA